GCCGCUGCGGGACAGCGGGCGCAGCCGAGCUGUGGCGCGGGGGCAGCGCGCUGGGGAAACUGCAGCUGAGAGAGGGGGAGAGGGAUAAGGGGCCGGUGCUGCUCAGGCGUUAUCCUGGGAAGCCGCGCGGUGCCGGGAUGCGCGGCGCGGGGGCGGAGCCUGCAGCGGGCAGGGACGUGGCCAGAUCUGCCGUAGCGGAGCGUGUGUGAGACCGCGCCGACCCCGAGCCAGCGCCGCAGCCAUGCCCGGGCCCAACCCUAGCGCCACCAGCGUCGGCUCCUCCGGCCGCUCCCCCAGCAAGGCAGUGGCUCCCCGCGCCGCGGGAUCCACCGUCCGGCAGAGGAAGAAUGCCAGCUGCGGGACAAGGAGUGCAGGCCGUGCCACGUCCACAGGUACUGGUGGGAUGUGGCGAUUCUACACUGAGGACUCACCGGGGCUCAAAGUUGGGCCUGUUCCAGUUUUGGUCAUGAGUCUUCUUUUUAUUGCUUCUGUGUUUAUGCUGCACAUCUGGGGUAAAUACACUCGUUCCUAGACUCAGCUACCAACUUAAAGCAUACAUCUUGGACCAAAACUAUGGUGGAUCCUGGUUGUUCUUGGAGAGAGACUGGGGAAGCUUCCUAUCACCUGUUGAAGUCCUGUCAACUUUGGCUAUAAUACCGAAUUAAUUUCUCAGUUCACUACUUGGGCAGCUUUCAAGUCUGUCAUGGGUCAUUUUAUAUUUGUAUCUGUACACUUAGAAUGCAGGUAUUGCAAUAAAAGUUGUAUAUGGAAAUAGAAACA